AUGGCGGGGGUUGGAGCCAGGGGUGCAUUCUCUGAAGUUGUUUUGGCUGAAGAAAGAGCUAGUGGGAAACUGUUUGCAGUCAAGUGCAUUCCCAAGAAGGCACUGAAGGGGAAGGAAAGCAGCAUAGAGAAUGAAAUUGCAGUCCUGAGGAAGAUCAAGCACGAGAAUAUAGUUGCUCUGGAAGACAUCUAUGAGAGCCCGAACCAUUUAUACUUGGUCAUGCAAUUGGUGUCGGGGGGAGAGCUUUUUGACCGUAUUGUUGAGAAAGGGUUCUACACUGAGAAGGAUGCCAGCACCCUGAUCCGACAGGUCCUGGAUGCUGUCUACUACCUGCACCGAAUGGGCAUUGUCCACAGGGACCUCAAGCCUGAGAACUUGCUUUACUACAGCCAGGAUGAAGAGUCAAAAAUCAUGAUCAGUGAUUUUGGAUUAUCUAAAAUGGAGGGUAAAGGAGAUGUGAUGUCCACAGCCUGCGGAACUCCUGGCUAUGUUGCUCCUGAAGUGUUGGCCCAGAAACCCUACAGCAAAGCUGUGGACUGCUGGUCCAUCGGGGUCAUCGCAUAUAUCCUGCUCUGUGGGUAUCCUCCUUUCUAUGAUGAAAAUGACUCCAAACUCUUCGAGCAGAUCCUCAAGGCGGAGUACGAGUUUGACUCUCCGUAUUGGGAUGACAUCUCAGAGUCUGCUAAGGACUUCAUUCGGAAUUUGAUGGAGAAGGACCCUAAUAAAAGAUACACCUGUGAGCAAGCAGCACGGCACCCUUGGAUUGCAGGUGAUACGGCACUCAACAAGAACAUCCACGAGUCUGUCAGCGCUCAGAUCCGGAAGAACUUUGCAAAAAGCAAAUGGAGAGUAAGUGACCCAUCCUCAGGGAUGACACUUAGGCACAUUGACUCUUCUAACACAGCAGCUGCACAGCCUUUUCAGCACGUUAGUGUUCCAAUAUAAACCUGCUUUUGUGGU